UGAAAGAGAACACCCAAACGUUCAAACAAAAAAAUAUGUGGAGUCAGAAAAGCAGAGAAGAGAGGAAGGAAAUAAGAGGAGAGCGGGUCAUGGAGAGCAACAAAAAGAAGAGAACAUCAUCAUCAUCAUCAACAACAACAACAGUAAGCAAAGAGGAGGUAAUAGCCAAACUGAAAGACGAUGGUGACUUCGACAAUCUCCGUCUCAACAUCAUCCGCAAGCUCAAAGACAAUGAAGAGUUGCGCAACAACAUUAUUUCCAUUGUGAGACAUUCAGCAACACUUAAUCGUGCUGGUGCUGAAAGUAUGAAACCCCGACAGCUUUUUGAUGCCUUAUACGAUGAGGUUGGGAACAAACUGACGAGCCAAAUUUCUGAUGGUGUAUGGGAAGUCAUUAGAUCAGCUGAUGGAAUGAAAAAUGAAAUCACAGAGACAGUGCAAUCUGUCUAUAAUAAAUUGGUCAACCCUGAAAGGAAGGAUGACGGUGAAUCAUCUACUCAUGGUGCAAUGGUAGUUGAGAAUGGAACUAACUAUAAAGGUCUGGUAAAGGCAUCAGCUGUAUCAAUGGAUGAUAACUUGUCUAGUGACCCAAAAGAACCACCAGGCUUCUCUCUAUCAAACAAUCAUCAGAACAGUAACCAUGAAAAGAGAGAACAGCUGCAGCUGCCUAUGCCAUGUGAAGGUCCUCCAGAAGCAAAGAAGAAAAGGCCCAACCAUUCAGAGGACAUGCUGAAGGUGAAUGAUGUUGAUCUUGCCCCACCAGGCUUUUCUGCAGACGUUGAGCCAAAGGAGCCCUGUGACAGCAGUGAUGAAGACCCUGAUGUGCCUCCUGGAUUUGGUUGACAUGUCACAUGAUUAAGUUUGUCACGGCUUUUCUUGGAUCAGAAUGUUUGAUGGAGACCAUAUGAUGGAUGAUUUAGGGGUGGGGGUUUCCAGAGCAUUCAUUUUCCCUUGUACCUAAACUGAACACAGUUUGAGGUUAUGCAGUCCAGAAAGUUCGGAUGUUUCUCCUGCUAUGAGGUUUUCUGGCAUCUAAUCUCCAAUUUGGAAAAGAUACUUGAAGCUUUUGUGGACUAGUAAGUUGUUAGAAGCUUGGUACAACUUGGUAUUUUCUCAUUUGUUUCUUGGAUCUGGUUGAGCAAACUCCAUGGAGAUUAUUGAUGAAGCAUGGAAACACUUGUCUCCUGAACUUUGAGGGUUUCAUCAUGGUGUUUUCUUUGUUACUGUUUUUGCCUAUGAUAAGUGCUAUUAUUCAAUCAACAAAAUUGUCAAUUACAGACAACUUCUGGUCAUGCCCUAUUGCUUUCUUUUUGCCUAUGCUUCUGAAACUUUCUAUUUAUUGUGGAGCAUUAUUCAAAGACCUUUAGAUUCAGCUUCUUUGUAUCUGAUGGCAUGAGUGUGUACAAACAUAUUGUACAGUGGUCCAGCAAAUGGGUGCAAAGAAGUCAGAGAUAUGUCCUGUGCUAUUCCCUGUUUACGGCAAGUUUCAUGCUCCCUGUGCUCUAGUUCCGUAAUAUGGUAUGUCUUCAUGUAACAUUUGGCCACGGAAGGCUGUAGUGCCACUACUCUGUAGUUUUGUUGGACGAAAUAUCUUUUGCAAUUUCCUGUGAGAAAAAGUGUUUUUGGUGGUUGCUUUAACUAUUGUUGUAAUCUGUACGUGCUUUAUCCAACAUUCUUUCUGAUUGGAAGGUAAUUUUCUUUUGUUUC